CGAACACCUGGCCCUGUAACACUGCCGCAGCCAGUGGUCUUCUUUGUUAUUUAUCGUCUCUUACUGUUGGAUUUUGGUUUCAGAAAUCCAGUGAACGAAUUCGAAAACCAUAACUCAAAUGGAAUCGAGACUUUCUUUACUUUCUUUAUCUGAAUCAACCCACCAAAGCCCUCAGAAUUCAGGAGCCAAAUCUUCACCGUCUUCAGUUGUAAGUCGGUUAUGGAGACCAGCAGCACAGAGAAAUAUGAAAAACCAAUGGUCCAGAUUGAAUUCUCUUAGACAAGAGUGGGUGUCUUCAUCUUCAGCUGCGAGAUCACAUGCCACUUCACUCGUCAAUGCUUAUCUUUCUCAGAGGUACAUGAAGGAUAUGGAAUUGGGUGUUUUGAGUGACAUGGCUGACAUUCAGAAAAAAGCUUGCUUGAAAUUAUUAAAGCAACAGGUUCUUCAUCAAGAUAAACUCAUAUCAUCAUACAAGGACAUGGUGACUACAGUAGUCAACAUGGUCAACACAAGUGCAUCCAUGAGAUGUUUCCUUAAAGGGGCAACCAAUAGCCCCUUUAUACAAUUCUCUAGCACUUCUGAAGACACAAAUGACAAUGGUGAUGGUGGAGGGAUACCAGUCUUUACAUUUUACCCUAUAUCUACUUUUGAGAAAUUAGCUUGGGAGAUAGUUGAGAUGUUUAAGUUGGAACUAUAUUUGAAGCGAUUACUUGUGAUAGAGUUUCUUUCACUUAGAAGCAAAGAAGAUCCGAUUAAUAAAAGACUGUGUUGGUUGGAUGAAAUAUACGAAGGAGAAUUUGGUAAUUUAAGUAGGUGCAACUUGGAUCAUAGAGAAGCUCCAGAAUCAACUUUUGUACAACCCAAUUUCCAACCAGAUUCUGAUAUCUUACAGGUGUAUUUAACAGCCUGGCUGACUGAUGUCAGUAUAGAUAAGCUCAGGGUUGAUGAUAUAUUUUCUGAAGUGGGAGAAGAAAUGCAUUUUAACUAUGUGUGAGAUACUGAUGCCUUUGUUUAGGUUAAAGAAACUUUGCUAUCUUUUAUGUUUGUAAUCAACCUCCUUUUUGCUAGAUUUUGGUGCAAAUUGCUCUUUUUUUUUUUUUUUGUUAGGGUUAAUGCAAG